CAUAUGUCAGAGUCAAGGCCCGCGGGCCACAUCCGGCCCGCAAGAAGGUUUUUUACGGCCCCUGGGAUGAUCUUGAUUUAUUAUUAGAACCGGCCCGCAGCAAGCCGGCAGCCCGCAGAUCUUUUACACGCACCAAUACUACAUUUCCCACAAUGCAAAGGUGACGCACCGAGCAGUAGGCUGCUUCAUUUCAAUAUUUAUUGGCACAGCAGUCGUCAGCAUCACAGUAAAAUUAACUUUCAGAUACCCAUCAAAAAUGGCAAAACGGAAGGUGGAUACUGAGAACCGGGGGUUUCAAACAAGGUGGGAGUCGGAGUAUAUGUUCACGAAGGUAGCUGGAAAACCUGUGUGUCUUCUGUGUGGAGAAAGUGUGGCGGUACUGAAAGAGUAUAAUCUGAGACGACAUUAUGAAACGAAACACGCGGACAAAAACAAGAAUAUGGACAUGGAACAAAGGCUACAAAAGGCAGAGGAAUUAAAACGAGGCCUCAAAUCUCGACAGGCUCUGUUCAAAAAAGCCAAAUCACAAGGCCAGGCUGCUGUCAAGGCCAGUUUUAUUUUGGCAGAAGAGAUCGCUAAAUCAGCCCGGCCAUUUACGGAGGGGGAUUUCAUCAAAAACUGCAUGAUUAAAGUUUGUGACGAAGUUUGCCCAGAAAAAAGGCAACUCUUUUUAAAUGUGAGUCUGAGCAGAAACACCAUUGCCGAGAGAGUAGACCAGUUGUCCAUCAAUCUAAAAGAGCAGCUUGUGAAAAAGGGAAAAGAUUUUAUUGCAUAUUCCUUGGCUGUGGAUGAGAGCACCGACAUUUCUGACAUUGCCCAGUUGUCAAUUUUCAUCCGCGGAGUGGACUCCAACCUAAGCGUGACAGAGGAGUUUUUGGCUUUACGUCCUAUGCAUGGCACAACUACGGGGCAUGAUUUGUAUGAAGAGGUGUCAAGAUGUGUAAAUGAGAUGGAGCUGCCUUGGGAAAAACUCGUGGGUUUGACAACCGACGGAGCACCUGCGAUGUGUGAACACAGGAGCGGACUGGUGGCGAAGAUACGGGAAAAGAUGCAAGAGGAAAACGCGACAGGUGAGCUGACAGCUUAUCAUUGUAUCAUACACCAGGAAGCGUUGUGCGGUAAAGCCUUGAAAAUGGAGCAUGUAAUGAGCAUCAUCACGCGCACAGUUAACUUUAUCAGAGCCAAAGGUUUGAAUCACCGCCAGUUCAAGGCAUUUCUGACGGAGUUAGAAACGGAGCAUGGUGAUUUGCCUUAUCACACAGAGGUGCGAUGGCUAAGCCAGGGAAAGGUGCUUCAAAGAUGUUUCGAGCUUCGUGAGGAGAUUUGUCUGUUCUUGGACAGCAAAGGGAAAGACACAACACAACUCCGAGACGAAAUGUUUCUGUGUGAAAUGGCUUUUCUGUGUGACAUUACGAGUCAUCUGAAUGCAAUAAACUUGCAGCUGCAGGGUCGGGAUCGUGUCAUCUCUGAUAUGUACAGUACAGUGAAGGCAUUUAAAACCAAACUGACUCUGUGGGAGACGCAGAUGCGGAAAGAAAAUUUGAGCCACUUUCCCAGCUGCCAGACCAUGAAAGAGAAGCUCUCUACCAGUGCGUUCCCGAGCACACAGUUGGCUGAUAAAAUAGGUAUGCUUGCCGCUGACUUUCGACGCCGAUUUGCUGACUUUGAAGCACAAAGCAGGUUGGAACUGCUCGGUAACCCAUUUGCUGUUGACGUGGAAAGCUCACCACCAAACCUCCAAAUGGAGUUGAUUGACCUCCAAUGCAAUGAUGCACUGAGGGCAAAAUAUGCGGCAGUGGGUGCUGCGGAGUUCGCCCGUUUCCUCCCCGGCACAAUGCCCCAGCUGCGCAUCCAGGCUGCUCAAACGUUGUCUAUGUUUGGCAGCACAUACCUGUGUGAACAACUGUUUUCUUUGAUGAACCUGAACAAAACAUCACACAGAAGUCGACUUACUGCUGAACACCUCCACUCAAUUCUGAGGAUUUCUUCAGCUCAGAGCCUUACCCCGAACAUUGAUGAACUUGUGGAAAAGAUGGGACACCACCAAGUAUCACCCUCAACCUCAAACAAGUGAACAUUACUGUGCAAUCACAUAUUUAGAGUUUUUACUCAGUUCAAGUUUAAAAGUUAAAAUUUAAUAUUUGUUUUCACUGCAUGUUACUUCUCCUUAAACAAAGUGUUGUUUUUGAUUAAUAGAUUUUUGCACUUUAUUUUUUUGUAUUUCAAUCCAAUUAUAUUUUAAAAAUAUUUCAGUUGAGUGGAUGAUAGAAAAUUGCUAUUAUUGUUUUUUCUUUGAAGUAAAUUUAGCCCACUUUUGCUAAAAUAGAAAAUAUAGUCUACUGAUGGUGCCUUGAAUACCGGUUUCUUUCAUUUAAUGUUCAUGUUAUGGGGAUAUUUAUAUAAAGGAAAUUUGUCUUUUGUGUCUGUUGAAAAUUAAAGAUUACUGACAGAGCCAUAAGAAAAUAUUGCUUUAUUUAUCUGAUCAUAUUGUAAUAUAUUUGUUAGGUUUUCAGUAGGUUCAAUUAGGUUCACUAGACUAUAUGCGUCAUUUAAAAAAUUUUCAAUGAACAUUCGAACAGUCCGGCCCUCGUCUUGUAGCUGAUUUUUUUAUUUGGCCCUCCGUCCAUUUGACUUUGACACC